AUGUCAGUUGAGCCGACUGAGAGUGCCAAACGAUUGAAAACUUCAUUGAUUAGUUCGUGGUUUAGCAGAAGCAAUGCUCAGCCAUCAUCUUCACAAGUCUCUGUAAGUACUCCAAUAGCAAUUGGAGUACCUGAACAUCCUUCUUCUGACUCGCCUUUACAUGGGUCGCAGAGAAAUGAGUUUGAUCCAAAUGGCAAUGACAAUGCCAUUGAACGUGAUCCUGGAAAACGAUGUCCUAUAUGGAAGUAUCCUGUAGAUAGACGCGAAGCUAUCCGGAAAGCUUACAUCUUAUUAGGUCCUUGUCAACCGAAGCUCCAAGCUUAUAAACUUUCACAACAUGGGAAACAAAGGCGAGCAUUUAAAUAUGAAUGGUUUGAAGGUCACCCAUGGCUUGAGUACUCGGAGGAGCAUGAUAAGAUCUAUUGUUUCCCAUGCUUUCUUUUUGAUAAAGAAAAUGCUACUCAUCGUGCUUUCACCAAAGAUGGGCAAAGAAAUUGGAAGCAAAAGAGUAUCCUUAAACAACAUGCUGGGUCUACAAUGGGUGUUCAUCAUGAAGCUAUGGAGAAGUGGUACUCAUUGAGGAAUUUAGCUACACAAAUUGAGAGAGUUUUUGUGAAACAAACAUCAAAAGAGGUGGAGCAUAAUCGCUUUAGGUUGAAGGCUACAAUUGAGAGUGUAAGACUAUUAGCCAACCAAGGACAAGCUUUUAGAGGCCAUGACGAAUCCGAAAGCUCUCGUAAUGCUGGAAAUUUUCAGCAAGUUAGGAAGUCUUAUGCAAGAAUGGCUAAUGAUGAUGAUAGAGCUAUAUUGGAGGGUGGUCCUGGAAAUGCCAAGUACACUUGUCCAAUUAUUCAAAAGCAGCUUUUGAAUAUUCUUGGUAAUAGGGUGAGACAAAUGAUUCGUGAAGAAGUUGGUAAUGCAAAAUUUUGCAUUCUUGUUGAUGAAGCAGUUGAUGAGGGUGGUAAGGAGCAAAUGUCCAUUGUUUUGAGGUUUGUUGAUCGUUAUGGUUUAAUACGAGAAAGAUUCUUUAAGAUAGUGAGUGUACCCGAGACAACCUCAUUGACUCUUAAAUUGGCUAUAGUUAAAGUUCUUGGUAUGUUCAAUUUGCAAGUGGAAAACAUCCGUGGUCAAGGAUAUGACGGGGCCAGCAAUAUGAGUGGUAUUUGGAAUGGCUUACAGGCAUUAUUUCUUGAAGAUUGUCCGUAUGCCUACUAUAUUCAUUGUUUUGCUCACCGUUUGCAGUUAGCACUAAAUGGGGCAGCUAAGAGUGUUCAUGAUACUUACCGCUUCUUUUCCACUCUAGUUAUGAUUGUGAAUUUUAUUGAUGCCUCUGCUAAACGUAAGGGUGAAUUAAGAUCUGCACGAGAGGAGGAAAUCCAAGAUUUAGUUGCUCUUGGUACCCUUGAAACAGGGAAGGGUUCUAACCAAAUAAGUACCUUGCAACGGGCAUGUACUACCCGUUGGAGCUCUCAUUUUCGCUCUAUUAAGAGCCUCAUUGAAUUAUUUAGUUCAACCUUUACUACUUUGGUUGAUAUCAUGGAGACUGCAAAAGUACUUGUUCAGGGAGAAGCUAGUGGUAUUCUUAAAGCAAUGAGAGCCUUCGAGUUUGUGUUUUGUCUGAUUUUGAUGUAUAGAAUCAUGAAAGUCACAGAACAUCUUUGUCAAACACUACAACGAAAAGCUAUUGACAUCCGAGCUGCAUUGAACAUUGUGGCACAUACAAAAUCGCUUCUUCAAGAGAUGAGAGAUGAUGGUUGGAAUGAUUUUUUGGUAGCCCUUACUUCAUUCUGUGAGAAACAUAGCAUCGAUAUGCCUGAUAUGACUGCUCGUUACUUGGAUGGCACGGGUCGUCCAUGUCAACAACAGAAUUUUAUCACCAUUGAGCACCAUUUCCACAUAGAGGUAUUCAAUGUUGUACUUGACUAUCAAUUGAGUGAGCUAAACAAGAGGUUCAAUGAGCGGUCUUGUGAACUCCUUAUGCUUACUUCGACUUUGGAUCCUCAAGAUAAAUUCAGCCUUUUUGAAACUGAAAAGGUACUUCUUCUUGCUAAAACCUUUUAUCCUCAAGAUUUUUUGCAAGAUGACUUACUUAUUCUAGAAGUGGAGUGUGCAUAUUAUAUGAAUGAUAUAGUUGAGAAUGCAACAUUUCACAACUUAGAAUCUAUAUCUGAUUUAUGUCGGCAACUUGUUCAAAAAAGGAAGUCAGAGUUUUUUCCGAUGAUAUAUAGAUUGAUUUGCUUAGUGUUGACCAUUCCCGUUUCUACUGCUACCACUGAAAGAGCUUUUUCAUCCAUGAACAUAAUAAAAAACAAACUCAGAAACAAGAUAGAAGACGAAUUUCUUGACGAUUGCAUGGUACUCCACAUUGAGAAGGAAUUUGCUGAAGCGGUUGAUAAUGAGGUGGUGAUCAAAGAUUUUGAAGAGUUGGUUCCACGUAGAGUAAAAUUUAGUUAA